CGGAAAGGCUUGGUUCCUUCAUCCCUGCAGCACUCUGCAGGAGUCAUCAGCAGCCUAGCCGAAAAUUAGCAGCCAUGGCCAGCAGAAGCUAAUUUAUUCAUCUCGGUCUGCGGUUAUUUUAUUCAGCCAGCUAGCACGAACGCGUCUUCUUUUUUAGCGCUGCCCAGAAACAAAGUUUUCGACCUAGCCAAUCUUCUCUGUUGGGCCAAUCUCAACGACUUCGUUGUCGGCACACCAGUGCGUAGGUAGCUGUGCCAUGGGAAAAGCUGUGGAAGUAGCGACGCAAGCACUGCAUGGAAUGUGCUUGUAGGGCGUCUUCCAAGCGGAGCUGUCUUUUUCGUCAGCAUGGGUUGCUGUGUGUCCAUUGACGAGGAGGUUGUACGACCGACUGCACCACGCAAGCCCGAGACUCCCAGAGGAGCGGUCAACCGACAAUCGACUGGUGAUCAUCCGGUCGGUUCCAUAGACGACAUUAUACGCUCUAGUGGCCCAAACCAGCAUCAGCGCGUUGCCUCGGGAGGAGGCAGCGGAACGUCCGUAGGAGAGAGCAGCAGAUCGAACGGCUCAGCAGCGUCCCGGAGAGUCGGCACGAGCGUCGGUCAUUCCGAGGGUCGCGUAGUAAUCAGCGUAGGGCAAUACGGCGGCAGCGGGACGACGGAACUGACCGUAGACGCAUCGUUAAGAGAAUUCUCGUUUCGGGAGCUGGAGACAGCCACGAAGCAUUUUCGAGACGAUGGAAAGCUUGGCGAGGGAGGAUUUGGGAGCGUUUAUCGAGGAACUAUCGAUGCGAAUUCGCCUGGAGGAGGGCAGAAAGUCGCCGUUAAGAUGCUGACGCUGGACGGAACACAGGGAGAACAGGAAUGGAUGGCAGAGGUACGGUACCUGGGAGAGCUUCGGCACCCGAACCUGGUGCAACUAGUAGGGUACUGUGCAGAGGACGUGCAGCGGCUGCUGGUGUACGAGUUCAUGGAGUAUGGCAGCCUCGAGAGAUACCUCUUCUCUCGCACCCGAGAUCCAUUGCCAUGGGACAUCCGCAUGAAGGUGGCGCUGCAUGCUGCUCGGGGUUUGGCGUUCCUGCAUGAGGAAGCGGAGCCGCAGGUCAUCUACCGGGACUUCAAGACCUCCAACAUCCUCGUUGACAGGGUGAGUUCGGGCCGAUCAAAUCAUUUUUCGGUUUGACUCAAACCCCACAGUGUUGUUGCCAAGUGAGGUCUACUCUCAGUCGCAGCAUUUUGCUUGACAGUGACUCUCCAGCACUUCCAAGAUCCAUGCCAACUAAAUCGUCAAGCGGAUGGCGUGCCGGCUCCAGCAACGCUGCUGUACCUGUCGCAUAAAUCGCAUGAACGGAAAAGUGUCAUGAGAUAUAUGGGACAGCGCGGAAGGGAAGAGGUGUAGAAAGUGUAAGGAAAAUACGUAAAGAGGAUUGUUAUGCGGGGUAAUGUGGGGAAGUACAGUGAUGGGUCGAAAAGCUCAUGGGAUUGAGCGGGCGAGACAGCUGGAGGUGGCGAAUGGGAGACAGUGUCCAGCUCAGUGGGGACAGGAGCGGCUGGUUAGGUCGACAUGCAGAAGAGUGAGGGAGGUAAGGGGCCGGAUUCAGGGGGACAGCGAGGAGGCGUAAUCAUUAGUGCAGGUAAAAAGGCUAACCUCGAGGGAGUGAGGGACCUGGGUGACGGAGUGCCUUCGGCUAGGAGUAGCGUAAAGGAGCUUGUUCGUCGUAUGUCAGCUACUCUGUUUGUUCUCUCGUAACAUUGGGAAGGUUGUAUGGCUCUUGCUAGUGAAUA